GUCCAUUCUGCAGUAUAUAAGACAGGCAGAGCUCACCUGAGAGACAACCUGCAUCCUCCCUACCUACGCUACAUCAUCCACCCAUCCAUCGAUCCCUCGCCGACAAAGAAGAGAGAGGAGAAACAGAGAGAAGAGAUCCAAAAACGACCAAGCAGAGGAAGAGUUGAACAACAGAGAGAGUGAAGACAGACAGACAGACAGACAGACAGACAGACAUGCUCUCCAAAGUACAGAGAUGCUUCAGACCUGCGUCUGUUACGCUGAGACGACUCCACCAGUCAGCCCUGGAUGUGGUAGAUCAUCCAGCCUCAGAGGACAGUGUGACAGACAGUUUUGGCAGGUUCAUCCAUGGUGUCCAGCCCCACCAGCUGACCCCCACCGUGCUCCACCGCAGUAAGAGGAUGGUCCUAGACUCCAUCGGAGUGGGACUACUGGGCAGCACCACACAUGUCUUCCAGCUGGCCCUGCAACACUGUCAGCACAUGUACGGUCCUGAUGACAUCAGCAGUGUGUACGGACGCAGAGGAACCAGACUCUCCCCAACCCUGGCUGCCUUCGUCAACGGAGUGGCUGCCCACUCCAUGGACUUUGAUGACACCUGGCACCCUGCCACUCACCCCUCAGGGGCAGUCCUUCCUGCCCUGCUGGCGGUCAGUGAUAUGCUGCCCAGUAACAGCAAGCCUAGUGGGCGGGACUUCCUGCUUGCGUUCAAUGUGGGUAUAGAGAUCCAGGGACGACUGAUGAGAUUCUCCAACGAGGCUCACAACAUCCCCAAGAGGUUCCACCCCCCUACUGUUGUGGGUACUCUGGGUAGUGCAGCAGCCUGCGCCCGCCUCCUUUCUCUGGAACACUCCCAGUGUAGCCACGCCCUGGCCAUCGCUGCCAGCCUAUCAGGAGCCCCCAUGGCUAACGCCGCCACCCAGUCCAAACCCCUCCACAUCGGCAACGCAGCGCGGCUGGGGCUUGAGGCGGCUCUACUGGCCUCUAGAGGUCUGGAGGCCUCACCCAGGGUCCUGGAUGACACCGCCGGGGUCGCAGGGUUCAGCGCCUUCUACGAGGACUACGCCCCACAACCUUUGGCCUCCCCAGAGGAAGAGGGGUUGCAGUUCCUCCUAGAGAACCAGGAUAUAGGGUUUAAGAGGUUCCCGGCCCACCUGGGGAUGCACUGGGUGGCCGACGCUGCUGCCGCCGUACACAAACUGCUGCUGGGGGAGCAGGGGUCAGGGGGGAGUGGUCAGGGGUCAGGGGUCGUAGGUCAGGUCCAGGACAUCCUGCUCAGGGUUCCCCGCUCCAAGUACAUUGAUCGUCCGUUCCCGGAGUCGGAGCAUGAGGCCAGACACUCCUUCCAGUUCAACGCCUGCUCUGCCCUGCUGGACGGAGAGGUCACCGUGGACUCAUUCUCCCAGGAAGCACUGCAGCGCCCCGACCUCUACUCCCUGCUGGGGCGUGUCCACGUCGAGCAUCCCCAUGACAACCCCGCUAACUUUGACCGCAUGUACGGCGAGGUGCAGGUGACACUGGUGGGCGGGGACGUCCUGAACGGACGCUGUGAUACUUUUUAUGGUCACUGGCGUAACCCUUUGACCAAUGAGAGCCUGAGGAAGAAGUUCCGUAGCAACGCUGGGGCGGUCCUUCCCAGAGAGAAGGUGGAGGGUCUGAUAGAGGCAGUAGAGGGACUAGACAAACUGGAGGACUGCUGUCCUCUGCUGGAGCAGCUACAGUGAUCACACACAGAGCUACAGGGAUCACACACAGAGCUACAGGGAUCACUCACAGAGCUACAGGGAUCAUACACAGAGCUACAGGGAUCACACACAGAGCUACAGGGAUCACUCACAGAGCUACAGGGAUCAUACACAGAGCUACAGGGAUCACACACAGAGCUACAGGGAUCACACACCACAUCACAGAACUCCUGACCAGCUGAUGUUUCUGCGUUUUACAACAUCAUGUUGUAAGAGACAAUUAAAAUUGUUCAAAGAUAAAUGAAGUUAAAAUGUAGAAUCUACUUCCAAUGUGAGGGAAGAGGGAGAGUCUAUAGGUGAUUGACUUUAGCUGUACAUUAAAUUAUAUAAACAAUCAAAGCUAAAUGAUUAAGUACAGCAUAUUUUGGUGUAUCCAUUUAUAUGACCCCGAUUAGGGUCCCUGUGUUUCCUUGACAACGUAUCUCUACAGUCCUGAGUGGAUGUUGACAAUAACAACAAUUCAUUUGAAGGAUGGACGUGUAUGUACAUGUGAUUUUAUUAUGAAGUUUAUUUUCUAUUUUGUUAAACAGUCUUGUAUUCUACCAAACAUGUAUAUUAUUAUGAUUCUAUACUUGAAUCUUAAUUAAAAUAUUAUAUUAAACUAAUUACAGCCUU